CCAACAAUUUAAUCCUUUUAAAUGCAAUCCCAAUUUGCAGAGUGUAUCACUCUUUACUUAUAAAUAGUGUGAUCACUGUACCAAUUUGAAUACCAUUUCCUCACUCACUCCAUCUCUCUCAAGCAUAGUGAAGUUGUGUAUUCUGCACUGGUUAAGGAGGUUGUUUGAUUUUCUGUUGCUUUUCCUGAGUUUGUGGUGAGAUAUUCAUGUGAAACACUCCUACUUGUUCUUGACUAUUCUUGCCCCUUUGUUGUUGAACAACCUUAGGAUAUUGUAAAAAUUCAAUCUUGACAGCUCAUACAAAACUGAAUUUUUGGGAAAAGUCAACUUUAUUAGGUAACCAUCCAAUCUUGUUUAUAGACCCUUGAAUUGUUGAUUUUGGGUUGUCAGAAUUUCAUAAAGAUGAAUGAAUCUAAGCCAGAAACACCGGUUAAUCCACCUUCAAGAAAGCUUCCUGAUUUCAAACAAUCUGUGAAAUUGAAGUAUGUUAAACUUGGAUACCAUUACCUUAUUACACACGGAAUGUACCUGGUUUUAUCACCUCUAGUUGUUAUCCUUGUUGCUCAACUCUCUACAUUUUCACCCAAUGACCUUUAUGUCCUUUGGGAUCAGCUUAGGUUCAAUCUCAUUUCUGUUGUCAUUUGCUCCACCCUUUUAGUCUUCUUAUCUACUGCGUAUUUCAUUACCCGUCCUCGCCCGGUCUACCUCGUCAAUUUCUCGUGCUAUAAACCGGAAGAUGCAAGGAAGUGCCCAAGGGAGAGUUUCUUGGAAAUGUCUAAAUCCGUUGGAACAUUUUCGGAUGGAAACCUUGAGUUUCAAAGGAAAAUUGUUGAGAGGUCUGGUCUUGGUGAUUCAACUUACCUCCCCGAAGCGGUGACUAGAGUACCGCCAAAUCCUUGUAUGGCGGAAGCAAGAAAAGAAGCCGAGGCUGUAAUGUUUGGAGCCAUUGACGAGCUUCUUGCUAAAACCGGAAUUAAACCUAAGGAUAUUGGAAUUUUAGUAGUGAAUUGUAGCUUGUUUAACCCGACCCCUUCGUUGUCUGCAAUGAUUGUCAACCAUUACAAACUUCGCGGGAACAUUGUUAGCUACAAUCUCGGUGGAAUGGGUUGUAGUGCUGGUUUGAUCUCUAUCGAUCUUGCGAAAGAUCUUCUCCAAGUCCAUCCCAACACUUAUGCCUUGGUGCUUAGCAUGGAAAACAUCACUUUGAACUGGUAUUUUGGUAAUGAGAAAUCCAUGCUCCUUCCGAAUUGCUUGUUCCGUAUGGGAGGUGCUGCUGUGUUGCUUUCAAACAAAAGAUCCGAUCGAAGAAGAUCAAAGUACCAGCUUGUCCAUACUGUCAGAACCCACAAGGGUGCUGACGAUAAGUGUUUUACGUGUGUUUACCAAAUGGAAGAUUCUGAUGGAAAAGUUGGAGUUUCGCUGUCAAAGGAGCUGAUGGCAGUAGCUGGCGAUGCUUUGAAAACCAAUAUCACUACGUUGGGUCCGCUCGUGCUUCCUAUGUCCGAGCAGUUUCUUUUCUUUGCCACUUUGGUGGGGAGGAAGCUAUUGAAGACGAAGAUUAGGCCUUAUAUACCUGAUUUUAAGUUGGCAUUCGAGCACUUCUGCAUUCAUGCUGGUGGAAGAGCUGUACUGGAUGAACUAGAGAAAAACCUACAGCUUUCUGAUUGGCACAUGGAGCCUUCAAGAAUGACACUUAACCGAUUCGGGAACACUUCAAGCAGCUCCCUUUGGUACGAAUUGGCCUACUCGGAAGCCAAAGGAAGGAUCAGGAAGGGAGACCGAACGUGGCAGAUAGCAUUUGGUUCAGGAUUUAAGUGUAACAGUGCAGUUUGGAAGGCUUUGAGAAGUAUAAAUCCAGCCAAGGAGAAGAAUCCCUGGAUGGAUGAAAUUCACCAGUUCCCUGUUGAUGUUCCAAAGGUUGCUAGAAUCUAGUUAAAAACUCAAUGGAACUUACAUUUAGUUAAAGUGUUUCUUAAAUGUGUAAAGUUGAAUUCAUUAGUAGUACUAUGGUUAUAGGAGGCAUGUUUAGAGCAGUCGUUUUGUUGCCUCCAAAGAUAGUCAUUAGCUGAUCCAAUUUGUUUUUGAGUUUCUAAAAUAUUUAUGAAUACUGGAGUAGUUGUUUUCAAUA